UAGAAGAGCAUCCACCUCCACCUGGGUAUUUUAGCUGAUUAUUUUUAGGAAAACCUUCAUGUAAACUAGCCGAGACUUUUCACAGUGUAUAUACUGUCUCUGAACAAUAUAUACCUACAUGAGAUGAAAUCUCAUUGUCUUCUACAGCCACAGUAUUAUGUUUAUUCAUUACCCUUUAUCUGUUUAUUUUCAAGCACUUGUGGAAUCGCUGCCUUUUCCACGAUUAUCAUUAUUAUUUCGUGUUCCACAGUAUGUGUGGAGGAGGAAGGGACGGCGGAGGUGGGCGACGACGAUGCAGAUGGUGGCGGUGUGAAGCAUCAGGAAGGUCCUUACUUUCUCCACGAGCGUUUAAACCUCAACGUCUCCGUCCAGCUGGGCUCAACCGCCUACCUCCACUGUCGCAUCGCCGGUCUCAAGGACCAGUCGGUGAGUGGUCGUGCGACUGAAGAGUCCGGGCCAGUGAUCUAUGUACCAGUGGUUCUGGUGUUAUCAAUGUUCGCGUUGACAUUCGAGCAGCCCAGUGACUGGCGACUUCGUAUUCGCUACGUACAGCGUCGGGACGAGGGCAGCUAUCAGUGCCAAGUGUCAACACAUCCACCCCUGAUCCGCUCCAUCCACCUCCAGGUUGUUGAGGCCGCUAUAAAGAUCCUGGACGAGCGCGGGGAGGUUCUGACGGAGAAAGUCUACCGCGCGGGCUCCACGAUUGAGCUGCAGUGUCACGUAGCCGACGUGCCAACGGCAACCUCGCUGCAGGUGGCCUGGUAUCAUGGCACCCAUAGACUCAACUAUGACGACUCCCGCGGCGGCGUCAGCGUGAAGACGGAGCUACGAGGCUCAGUAGCACGAUCAUGGCUGAGAGUGAGCAACGCUGUCAGACAAGACUCAGGAACCUACUACUGUAAUGUGACUCACCUAGCAGCAACCAGCGUCACCAUACACGUGGUAUCAGACGAGUACCCUGCAGCUAUCCAGAGAGGCUGCCGAGCAACAUCAUGGAGAGGCUUCACACUGCUUGCCUGCCUCGCCACCUCUCUGCUCCACGUCAUCUGCUGCUGCUGCUGUUGCUGCUGCUCUCCGCCACACAGAUAAAGUCGGUUCCUCCGGUGCGGUAAAAGCUGGAGGUUCAACCACGAAUAGUCGAGAGAACACCAAGAGAAACGUUCUGGGGCCAAUCUUGUAUUUUUUUCUCCUUCUUGAUUCUCCUCCUCUUAUUCAUCCUCUCCUGCUGCUGUUACCGUUCGUUCUGAUCGUUUUACCACAAUUUCUGUCCCCGCUUCUGCCAAGUCCCGACAGACAGAUAAGUCGACGGCCUUAGGGAACAUUCAAGUAAGCAUUGAGAUAAAGUGAUACUGAAGCCUCGUCUUACCAUUUCUGGUCUCCCAUCUCUCUCCUCUCUUCCUGCUAAUGCUACUCCUGUUACUUCUGCUGCUGCUGCUGCUGCUGCUGUUGCUCCUGUUUAUCCUGUUCCUACUACUACUGUUCCUGCUGCUCAUAUUUCUUCUACUGAUGUUUCUAGUCCUAACACUGCUGUUGCAGUUCCAGCUGUGGCGUCUUCCACCACACUGAUAGAGUUGAUCCCAGACGAAGUAAAUGCUGAGAUAGGACAUGAGAGACUCCGGAAGAUAUUAAGAAAGAGACAGGACCAUCUCUCGUCUUCCGCUUCUCUUGCUUCCACUGCUGCUUUCCUUGCUACUGCUCCUUUUAUUUUGUUGCUCUGUUUCUUUCUGCUGCUGCUGCUGCUGCUAUUACUAAUUUAUUUUUCACUCUGGCUGUUGCGACUGGUAAUUUCUAUUUCUCCCUUUGUUGCUACUGCUGCUGUUUUAUUGUCGCAUCUGUUGCUGCUGCCACUCUUAUUUUCCUUUUCUAUCUCAGCUGUUAUUUUUGUUUCUUCUGCUACUUUUGUUGGUACUGAUACUAAUGGUACUCCAUUGUUUACUCCUGCUGUUCUCUCUACGGCUACCUUUUAAUAUUUCCUUGACUACUGUCCCUGGUAAUUACGCUUCCUCUGUUUUUCCUGUUCUUGCGAAUGUUAUUUAUGCUGAUGAAUAAGACAUGUACAACACUUGGGUAUCAUCAACUUGUUUAUAUUGAAUUCAUUAAAUAUAUUAAUUAUGCAAUUGCCCAUCACAUGGGCAAGUUAAGGUUCACAAUGAACCUUCAGUAAUUAGUAAUUUGUAUUUAUCGGUCCAUAACUGAAGUAUAUGUCAGUGGUAACACCGAUAAGUACGUUGAUAAGACACAAUAUUUGGUUUAUGGUAUUUAUUGACAAGGCAUUUCGUCCAUCCAGGAUUUAAUCAAUAUCUAUGUCGAUUCCUCUCGCCCCCUGCUGCUACUCCUGGAACUGCUGCUCCUCCUAUUAUUUUACUACUGCUGUUGGCUCUACUUCUGUUGCUCCUUUUCUUGCGUUUCUGCCGUUUAUGCAUAUGUUCCGUUGACUUAUUAUUCCUACUCUUGUUACUGCUUCCACUUCUGCGUCUACUGUUUCGCCUUCAUCUAUUGCUACUGUUUCCCUUGCUUCAACAACUCGUACCGUUUCUCCUGCUGCGGCCCAUAAUUUCCUCCUCUGCAGAGGCUUAUAGCCACAGUUAGCACUGAGGGACGACAAGGGAUGGGACUGUGUUGUCUCUGCAGUGGUGGUAACUCCUCAGCAUUCAGAACUCAAAUAGACUUUAAGCAUGACUGGAAUCCAAACAGGACUGAAAUCUAAACAUGACCAGAAUUCAAACAUGACUGGAAUUCAAGUAUGACUGGAUUCCAUAUGUGACUGGAAUCCAGACAUAGCUGGAAGCGAGACACCCAACCAAUGAAUUCAAAUGACCAGCUCCCUCUAUCGAGCCAAAGUAUCACAGGAGUCUGCGUUGGUAAGCUCAACUUAGGUAUCAGAUCCCACACACACGCAGGUGAAAUUACCCUCCAUGAUGGAACUAAAUGACUUACUCCCGACAAAAGCGAAGAAAGAGGGACGCUGCAGAACGCAAGCUUUCACCGGGACAGAGUUCACUCUGUGCAGAGCUUAAGUCAUGACUCGACAACUCUACACGGAGCGAAACGCUGCCAGAAUAAAACUAGCAAUGUGUAACUUCACCUAUUUAACCCCUCGGGUUUCUUUUAAAGACUUUAGUGAUGGUGAAGAGUGUGUAUAGUAUACGGGAAAUCCCAUUUGUUGACGUCAUAAACAAAGUUUAUCCUCGAGUCCUGAAACUUCUGUGGCGAUAACGAUUAUUAUAAAAAACUUACUGUGGCGUUUACGGUCGUUAAUUGUAUAAGUGAGACUUCUUUAAUAUUUCAAAUUUGAGAAAAUUUUCUCAAGUCACGGCAUUUGUUUCCAAUAGUUCCACGUGAGCGAAUAUCAUGCAGUGCCGAGAAAUGGAUCUUACUGGCCAAGCAAUGUACCAAUAAGAUUUACAGGAUUCCUGUUGAUUGGCAGGAAAUCAACCAAUCAGAGCUGAGGAAUGGCUGUGAAUGAGCAAGUAAUCAACCAAUCAGAGCAGGUAUGCUUGGGGAAUAAUGAACUAAUUACAGCCAAGAAUGCUCCAAAAUGACAGUUAAUCAGCCAAUCAGAGACUGUGAAUGUUUGUACAAAACUUGUAAACAUUUUAAGUUAUUUUUGUAUUCAUCCCAUUUUUUCUAAUUUUUACCAUUACUUCUGUAUCAUCAUUAUCAUCACUAAAACUCAUCUUUUAUAUUGUUUAAAAUAAUAAUAAUAUUAUCUUUAUUAUUACUGUCAUUGUCAUCAAAUCCAUAGUCCAACUAUGACAUACAAUAUAAUUCUUAUAAUUGUUUUUUGUCACUUUUGUGAAUAUUUUCGACUUAGUUACAGAGGUGAGAGAACAGUUUGUAAGUAACAAAAGUAGCAGGUGAGUGUUCAAUGUUAUAUUCAGAAAUAAAUGUAUUUUACGUAACACAAAUCUUACAUUACGACAAAUUUAUUUCGUGAUUUGUUUUUAAAUUCGGUGAAUUGGAGAACUAAUUAAUUUCCGUGUCUCUGUAUCUUUUUUGUAAUAAACGGUUGAAUAUUAA